UCGCAUGGGUCUUUUGGGUGUUGUAGUCCUUGUGUAGGUCUGUCUCUCCUCUGAAACUACCCUAGCCGCCCGUCGCAUCCGUCGGACCACACUGUUUUUCUCUCUGCUUAUUACCGCGAGCUCUUCUCGCCGUCAUUGUUGUGAUGGAACCGGACAAGAUGGACGAAAACGAUUGGAAGUAUCACGGAGAGGGGAACAAGAGCCUGGUGGUGUCACACGUACUGCUUCCCAAAGUUUUACGUCUACUCAAGUAUCCUGCAGAGGACUCUGAAAACCCACCCCAGACCACCAAGCAGGCCUUCAGGCAGAUCCAGAACAUCGUGGACUUCAGCUCUAAUGUGAUGAGCAGUCUGCUGGGAGAUAAGUUCAUCCACAGUGGGGAAGUGGUCAAACUGCCUCUGGAGUUUGUUCGGCAGCUGUCAAUCAAAGUUCAACAUCAAAGACCGGCCUGGCGCUGUGAUAAGGUGAUGGACAUCUACAGCGGCUGUGCCCUCUGUCUGCCCAACCUGACGUCUCCAGCUUUACACCAACCAUCACAUGCUGCUCCUCUCUGCAUCGAGAUCAAGCCCAAGUGUGGCUUCCUACCAUCCUCCAAACAUGUCAGCAAAGACAUCAAGACCAAAGUGUGUCGCUUCUGUAUGCACCAGCACUAUAAGGUGGCCAAUGGGAAGUGGAAGAGACGCAGCCUGUACUGUCCUCUGGACCUGUUCUCAGGGAACAGACAGAGAAUGCACUUUGCCAUUAGACACCUCAUAGAAGAACCUCAGAACAACUUCAAAAUCUUCAAGGAUGCUCAGUGUAUUUACAGCAGUAAAGAAGGUGCUGAUGACUCAUUGGACUUGACUUCUCUGCUUCAUCAUCUGAGACCAUACUUUCUGUAUGGAAACGCCCGCAUCAACAGUCACAUGACCAAUAAAGUGGUCCUGAACGAUUUCAUCCAGGUUCUAGUGAACAUUCUGCUGAGCACUGGUGGAGGCGAUGGAGGUGUGGUGAUGGACAGGAGAGGAGAGGGGCGGAGCUUCUGUGAUGCCAGUCCGUUCAACAGGGAGAGGAUUCAACAUGGUUCUCAGGGUUUACCCACCAGCAGUGUUCUGUCCAGAAUCCUUCAAACUCAGAUGUUGGACUCUCUGGACAUCGAAGGACUGUUUCCUCUGUACCACCGUGUGGAGCAGCAUCUGCUGGACUUCCCCAAAGAGAGAUGUCGCCUUCAGAUCGAUGGUCCGUACAAUGAAGCCUUUCUACAGAAGCUCCAGAAAUGUCCAACGGAGGACGACGGCUCAGUGGACUACGCCGUGACCAGGGUCCAUCAGUACCGUGUCGCCAUGACAGCCAAGGACUGUUCAAUCAUGAUCACACUGGUACCGAGUGAUGAGGAAGAGGAGGACAAAGACGGGCUGUCAACUCAGAAGAGGAUCAGGGACUUCCUGUUGUCCAGACCUCCUGCAUUCUCUUAUUCUGUCUCCAUCUUGGAUCUGGACCCAAAGCCAUUUGACAGCAUCCCCCGUCAGCUGCGUCUGGACCAGAAGAUUGUUUCUGGAUACCUUCGGACUGGCGGCGGCAGUGCCUUGCCCAAGAGCACGCCGUCUCCCCCAGCGCCGGGCCCAGAGGACUGUACACUGUUGUUCCAUCCAGUAUGAGUCCGAUGGUCUGGUUCUGUCUGCAGGUCCAUGUCUGGUGCUGAAGCUGCAGUUCUGUCAGAACAUAUAUAUUUAUCAGAGGAAGGAGGACAGUGUGUGGAUGUUGAAUCCUCGAGGUUACAGAACUCACUGGCCCAGUCCCACUCCAACAUGGGCUAACUGUCAGCAGGACCUCUUCAACAUAUAGUGGGACCUAUAGUAAAUUAGUCUGACUGUCCGAAUGUAGUCCAGGUUUUACUGUCCCAGGUGAGUGGAGUUCCAGAGGGAAGAUUCCAAACAGGUUUAGAGAUGAAACCACAGACGGAAUGGAAUGGCUGUUUCCUAAAAACAUUUGUUUAUUCCUUCAAUAAACAACUGUUUACUGAAAAACAGCUAGUUUCAGGUCAGAUCAUCAUCUCCAAAGACAAACACAUUAUGAUUCCACUUGAUGAGAUGGAAACAGGUGAGGUUGGAAUCUGUCCUCUGAAGCACCACCGUGGUAACAGAAGCAUCAGUUACAAUAGGAAAAGGCGUUUCCCACUGCUCUGAUCAUCGGAUCAUCUCUAACUCCAGUUUUACAACAUGUUCUUUUGGUGUCAAAGGUCAAUGAUAAAAUUUUGGAGACUUCCACAUGAUGUGACUCACGGUGCAUUUAGAGUUUUUUGUUUUAAUAUAAUUUCGCCUUGUUAGAGGGAUCACUUCUCAUUACACUAAUAACUAACACAGUUGUAAACAUGAUCUGUAAAUCCAAGUUUCCAACAGUUCAGAGAACACAAUAGGAUGGCGUUGGUGGAUCCAGAACACUCUUCAUCCAAUUCCUCUGAAAACUGUGGAAAAACUCUUGUAUGUAAAGAUUAAUUUACUCAAUUUUAAGUUCAAGUAAGUCAAGGUUUGUGUGGAAGUUCCAUCUUCACUUGAAGGUUAUUUAAGGCAUUGUUUUAAUGGUCUUUGUGCAGUCAUCUCUUAAUGUUCCACAGAUUCACAUCAAUAUCUGCAGCAAAUGAUUGAACCUUAACAUGUCAAUCAACCACAUCAUUAAUAAUAUCUGACCUGAGACACCAACCGAAACAAGAGGCAUAGUUUACAUAAACCCAUGUACAUGGCUCCUCCAGUUGACGCAAUCAAACCCUGGUCGACUCAGUCACACCCUGGUUGACUGAAUCUCUUAUUCUAACAUCUGGUUGGAUGGAGGCUUGGCCUUAGGUUUUAUAAUAAAUGAUCUUUAACUGGUAGGCUAGUCUCAUGAUGAAAGAAAUAGACCCUGAGGAUCCCAGGUUUGAUCAAAUAAUCCAAAUAAGGUUGGAUUGAGAUUCAUUCAUUCAUUUUCUGAACCCGCUUUAUCCUCACUAGGGUCACGGGGGUCGCUUGGAGCCUAUCCCAGCUACAUAGGGGCGAAGGCGGGGUACACCCUGGACAAGUCGCCAGUUCAUCGCAGGGCUGGAUUGAGAUAUAACAGUUAAUACAAGGUUUUCCACAGUUGGAUGAGGACAACAUGGUAGUACAUCAGAGUACAUGGUAGUACUAGGAGGUCCAUGUGCUAGGAGGACCAUGUACUCGGAGGUCUGUGUACUAGGAGGUCCGUGUACUCUGAGAUCUGUGUGCUGGGAGGUCUGGUCCAUGUACUGGGAGGUUCUUUCCAUGUCCUGGUCCAGUGUUUGUAAAAUGCUGCAUUCAUGGAUCUGGUGUUGGGGUGGGUGAAUCCACCACUGAUGCUGUGACUGGUUCUUUACAUUAAACAUGAGCUGAUUUUCAGUUGAACAUGGAGGAUAAGCACAGAUUUGGACCUAACAGAACCAUGAUUUAUUUUAGCACAACUUGUUUCACAUUGUACUCAACUGUUCUCAUGGUUCCAGGUUUUAGUUUUAGUAGAAAUUACUCUGAUUGUACUGCUGUUUUCUUUUCUUUUGUUUUUUUUUUUGCUUUUCUUUUGUUUUGGGUUUUUUGUUUCGUUUUGUUUUCUUCUGUUGUCUGGGCAGAUUCAUACACAGGUUCUGGUCUAGAUGAAUGGUUACAUCUGUAGAACCGGUCCAAACCCAUAUAAUGGUGUGUUCUGACCCUUUUCCUCUGUUAAAGCAGAAUGAACAAAACUCACUGAUCCAAACUUGUACUGAUCCCACCUCCAGCCUGUUUGCUGUUGUCAUGGUAACCUGCAGGUGUGUCAUCCACUUGUGUGUCUGUGACUUUGAGACUUCGACCAGUUGUUAAAGGACAGAGUUUUAGUUUUUGAACCCAGUUUAAAAGAAGGCAUGGCUGAAAUCAUUUUGGGUCCAUUUGACCUUUUGUUUGUGUCUCUGGUGACGUUUUCAUGGCUGAUGCGUCACAUCCACUGGUAACACUUGACUUGAGAUGAUCUGUUUACAUAGUCCACUCAGCAUCACCAACCCCACCUCCCACGAGCCAAUCACAUGAUGACUCAAACCUCAGUGACAUCAUCUUACUCACAGCCAAUCAGACGGUUUCUCUUGAUGUCGGGUUUUGGCAUUUGUGAAGCGCUCCGUCUGUUACCUGCCUACGAGUCUGAGCAGAGGUGGAGUGGACUGAGGGCGCCCCAGGCAGCAGAGGCCCAUGGGAGUUGGAGUUUAAUGAGAUUGUCUGUGAGACAGACGUCUGGACCAUAAUUAAAAAACAAUCAGAAUCACAAACAAACCGGAAGGAUGUUAAAGAUCUGAUAUAUGACUGGAUGAUCGUUACAAAAGACUGAACAGAUGGAUGAAUGGACGGACGAAUGUUGUUCAUUUCUAUUGAUGAAGCUUACAUCUCAGUCAAAAUCACACAUGGACGAACAGAUGGAGUACAAUAAAAUAUUCUGUUUUUGUGUAUAAAAAAAUUUGACAAAAGUCAGCUGAUUUUAAUCCUGCUGCUACAUUUGUGUCAUUAAAUAUUCAUCUAAGAAACGGAGACUCAAAAAGAUCAGACAAUAACCAAUGUAGGUAGACUUUUUCCUGACAGUAGAUGAAAGACAGUUACCAUAAUCUAAUCAUCUAAACCUGUUGAUUAAAACAAAUUUAACUGGCUGGAGAAUAAUGUCAAUGUUUCCAUUAAAUGAAAAUGUUUUAUAUGUGACAAACAACUGUUGUCGACCGAUAGGAAGCUGUCAGAAUCAUAGGAACAGCAUAUUUUAUUUGGAUUCAAAUCCUCGUGUUUAAUCUGAGUUAUUAAUGAAAAUAGAAAAGACUAAAAAGAAAAAGAUUAAAACUACAUUUUCUGCCUGUUCGGAUUUGGAAACAUGCUGAUUUUGGACUCAUUGUUUGGACUUUGUGAUGUCUUAUUUGGACUUAUUUGCUCCAGUUUUCAGAGGCUGAAGCUGAAUGACCAGUUGAUCCAGUGAAACCAGUUUGUUACUGUGAUUGGAGCUGGUUCCAGUUAAAAGCUUUUAAAAGCCUUUUGUGGUGGAGUUGAGACUUUGUCCAGACCUCUGACCUCACAGACCAUGCUGCUUUCUGACUGGCCAGUGCUGCCUGGGUGUGGCCUGCACAAACAUCACAGCCCUGUAAUUCCUUAUGUGUAAAAGAGAGGGCGCUGCUGUUGCCUUUUUGUAUUUAAAUUAUUUAUUUUUGUAGAUUUUUGGCCUGUGCUGUUCCAGCAAUGACACACGAGCUGUUUCUAAUGAAUAAAGAUUUAAGAGACUGAACUA